GGGAAGAAGAUUAUUUUAAAAUUAGUAAAUAAUCACAAUCUUUAAUCACGCAAAUACUGUUUUUGUCUUUUAUUUGAAACUACUACAGAUCUCUCUCUAAUCAAAUCAUCCAAGCCUUGAAGAUGAAGAUGAGCAGUGAAGCCUCGUCGUUGACGAAGAAGAAGAAGCAAGGUUUGGGGUGGAUUGAGUCAAUCAAAGGAUGGAGUUGUGUAUUCCACGAGUUUCUCUUCCAGAGAUUCACGGCGUCUCAUCUACAGAACCCACUUCCUCUUCCUUCACUCAAUCACCUCACCUGCAUUGUCACUGGCUCCACCAGUGGCAUUGGUCGCGAAACCGCGAGGCAGCUUGCAGAAGCUGGUGCUCAUGUUGUUAUGGCGGUGAGGAAUACAAAAGCAGCUCAUGAGCUGAUUCAACAAUGGCAGAAGGAUUGGUCUGGUAAAGGACUCCCACUUAAUCUAGAGGCUAUGGAACUUGAUCUUCUCUCUCUGGAUUCCGUCGUCCGGUUUUGCAAUGUGUGGAAUGUGCGAUUAUCCCCGUUGCAUGUUCUGAUUAACAAUGCUGGCAUAUUUGCCAUGGGAGAGGAACAGAAGUUCUCAAAGGAUGGAUAUGAGCAACACUUACAAGUGAACCAUUUAGCUCCCGCUCUGCUUUCACUACUCCUUUUGCCCUCGCUUAUCCGAAGCUCCUCCAGCCGGAUCAUUAAUGUGAACUCUGUUAUGCAUUAUGUGGGUUUUGUUGACCCGGAUGACAUGAAUGUUGUUUCUGGUAAACGAAAGUUUACAAGCCUCGUAGGAUAUGCCGGCAGCAAGCUUGCACAGGUUAUGUUUAGCAAUAUUCUUUUGAAAAGGCUGCCUCUAGAAACUCGCAUUAGCGUUGUUUGUUUAUCUCCCGGGAUUGUCCUUACAAAUGUUGCAAGGGAUCUGCCGAGAUAUGUUCAAGUUCAAUACGCUUUGAUACCAUAUUUCAUCUUUUCGCCUCAAGAAGGUUGUAGAAGCACACUUUUCUCAGCUACAGACUCUCAGAUUCCAGAGCAUUGUGAAAUGCUAAAAACGAAUGAUAAACCCAUUUGUACAUUCAUAUCUCAAAACUGCAAGCACACAAAGCCUUCAGAAGAAGCACACAACAUAGAAACAGCGAACAGAGUUUGGGAGAAGACGAUGGAGCUGAUUGGUCUUCCUCUUGAUGCAUUGGAGAAGCUUAUAGAAGGACAAGAGGUGCAAUGCCGUUACGGGACUCACCAAGAAUAAGUCUUUCUCACAACUCUACUACAAAGCCAUAUACUCUCACACAUGUUAGAAGCGUCUAGAACUUGACCUCAAAGCUGCGUUACACUAAUUACACACAUUCUUAUAAGAUAAAGGAUGAGAUCUCAGGGUAUAUAGCUUUCAUAUUUUUUUUCAGCAAUGUUUUUUUUAGAAAGGACGAAACGGCUUUCUUUUACAAGAGGCUUUGAUUGUUGUCAAAGAUAACGUAUUGUUCCCUGUUUUUUUUUAUGUUAUACUACAUUUGCUACUUAGAAUU